UGAAAAUUAAAAUUGUUCGAAGCUUAUUUGGGAUUAUUUUGUUUAAAAAGCUUAUUUUUUAGCUUAACUUGACUCUGGCCCACAGUUGAUGAAGGGAUCUAAAAUUCUAAACUAAAUAUACUGGUUUUCUAAGCAUAUUACUACUAGCAGUGACCAAAUUUAUCAUGAUAAGACUUUUUUAUGCUCCCUUCAAAACAAUACUAGCCACAGAAAUUAAGGAGGUAGGCAACUUGUGAAACAAAAAGCAUGGAAGGUAUAGUUGUUCCAGUACUAACCAUUGUAGCUGCGGCUGCUGUCACAUUUUAUGCUGUCAGUUUUAAUGAAAUUCGUGAGAAAUCGUUCAGAGCAUUGGAUGAUAAAGAAGAUAAUGGCAAAGCUGGGUUUCAAUCGUCUAUGAGCUCUAGAGAACGUCGCGCCAACAGAAAAGCUAACAAGAAAUCAAAUAAUUCUAGUUGAUCAUUACUCAAUCAAAGCCAUAUUUCUAAGUUUAGUUUGAUAUGUAAAAUGUAAUGGAUUAUGGUGUAAAAUAGUCUCAUGAAUGAUGUUUUUAUUGAUGAUUGACUUGUUUAUUUAAGUUUAGUUUAGUUUGCAUAUAUAAAAGAGAAUGUGAAACAGAAUUAUUUAAGAUGA